AUGUUGGUGGGGAUUAUUUAUAGCAUAUUCGGAGGUAACUCUUACGAUGACUCGGACGUUUCCGUUGUGUGAGUGUCAUCACAGAAAGCAUUUUACAAUUUAUUUUCAAAUUUCAGCUACAGUCGUGUCGUGGGAAGUUGUCUGUACUGUAAGUCGUUGAAGUGAAUAGUCGAAAAAUCGAAAAAUCGAAAUGUUUCAGAUGGUUGCUCUCUUCUUGACAAAAUUCCAGAAAACUGCGAAUACAAAGGAUAUAGAAAAAGUGAGAACUUAAUUAUCGUUUCAUUCACAACAUUUUCAUUCAGCUUUAUGCGCCAAGGUUCUGCAACAAGCAAUGUACUGGUAUUGUGAGCAGCAUCAAGCGAGUAAGUCAACGUUUUCAUCAACUACAAAACCAAAAAUCGACUCAAUACUUCAGCUGAAAAUUGUAAAGACAUUUCGAUCACUACUGCCAGAAAUUUGCCCACCACGACCACGACGACGACCACCGAAGCGACGACGACCGAAAAGGAUAACAGCGGAUUGAUCGCGGUCGGAAUCAUCGGCGGAAUCUUUGCCUUCCUGUGCAUCAUCGCAGUUCUCUGUCUUCUCAUAAAGUCGAGAAGAAAGAAGCAGACAAACGCGAGUCGGAUGGACAAGAAAAUCAGCCGUGCGCCCACUACUACCGCUUCGAAAACUUCUGGAACUUCUGGGACCACUCGCACCACUGGGACCACUGGGACCACUGGGACCACUACUGGCACAACUGUUUCCGGAAGUACGCACACUGGAAAGUUGACGGCUACGAAAUCGAAGGGAAAGAGUGAAAUGGAGGUGAGCAUCAAUGUCGACAGUAUCCGUCUUCCGGUCAAGAAAUGA